UUUUUCAGCGAUGACUAGUGCGGGUCUAUGCCGUACCGGCUGUAAGGCCAGUAAUGUUCCGGGUUGUGAGCAUCAGACUGUAGACGGUAUGCGCAGCAUGCGUAUUUCUCGAAAUUAUCGGCAUUCAGAGGAUCUUCUGCAGUCCAUUUGCUUAAUAAAUUGUGCGUUUCUUCUGCUUGCGUUAAAUGCUCAAAAAGAGACACGCUGCUGCUUUGAGAAAGAAGACAUACAAAAUGAAUUCAAUAAUCCCUGUGCGUCUGUUCCAUAAUGUCGUAUUUGCCUGGUUGAUAACGACUGUCGUCCUCAUCCUGCCGCUUUCUGCAGAUCUUCCCUUGCGAUCUUUUGAUUCUAGGAUAGUAGGCUACGGUUUCGCUGGGCUUUUUCAAGACCCCCAUCGAGUGCCCGACUGUCCAACGUACGUCUUACCAGCCUGUGACCCGCAAUGGCUGUACUGUGCCUGUGGGAAGCCCGUGUACAACGUUAGUGCCAUUCCUGUCGACAAAUCAUUUCUGAUUCUUGGAUACAGAACGACAACGUAUAAUUGGAUCCGCUUUUCGGACAAAUGCUAUUCCAGCUGCCUGCUGCCCGGGUUUGAUCCGCUACCGCCGCGACCCAAUAUUACUGAAAUUCGUCUAAGCAAUAUCUGGGUGGCACCCGAUGAUCUCCCGUUUCCUAUUGGCCGUUUCCUGGUUAACGUCAAGAAGACGGUUCAACAACUGCGCCUCCGGGAGAUCUAUCUGCCCUUGAUCACACGUGAUACGUUUGCGGGUUUCUCCGUUCUUAAGAGCCUGACACUGGAGCGUAACCGACUCUCUGCCAUCGCCUUAGACGCCAUGGAGGCCUUUGUGCCGACUCCAGGGAAUAUACUAACGUCCAGCGUAGAAGAGAUCGGCAUUGGUGACAACACUUUGCCCCAUUUCGAUUGGUCGGUGUUCAUACCACUAGCUGACACCAUUAAGCGUGUCUCUCUCAUGACGAGUGACGUUCAGCAAGUAUAUCUGAGCCGGUUAUUCACCAUGCGCCGCAUCGAAUUCGUUGAUUUGGGUGGAAACAACCUGACCACCGUGGACAACCGCUUCUUGGACUGUCUAACGCAGUCGGGCUGGCGCCCCGGCUUAAAUCUCCAGUACAAUCCGUUAUGCACAAGCGACAUAUGGUGCCUCUGCCCGUCCAUGUUCCACCUGUGGGAUUGGCUUACAAAAACACCUCGAAUCACCGAAGCUGAGCCUGGCGUUAUGGUCAACUGGAGAAACCAGGAUGGUGUAACAUGUGGUAAUUUCAGUGACACCCAUCAGGGAUAUUUUCAUGACCGCUUUAAGGUCGACGAAAAUGGUGGAUCUGGCAAAAUGUACAAGAACUGGGAUGUUCAGACACUGGCAAGAUGGCAGCUGGAUAGCUGGAAUAUAAUACCAAAGCUGACAAUGUCGUCAAAACGGUUCGCAGUGUUGUGCCUAAUUGUUCUGACUGACUAUUCACAUUAUCGGACGCUGGCCAAGCUAUUUCUAAUCCUGAUUUGAUUUUUUGAUUUUCUU